AUGUUCAUCGUUUUCACAUCGACACUGAAUUUUUCUUCCAGUAAGAUCUCGGCAAAAUUGAUAGUUCAGAAAAGCGUACGUAAAUGGAAGUUGGGGAAGUGCCCAAAUUUUGCAAACAUCGGUCACUACAACACGUGCGCUGUCGUGGGCAAUAGCGGCGUUCUGCUAGGAAGCCAAUGUGGAGCGGAGAUCAACUCCAUGGAUUUCGUCAUGCGAAUAGACAUGCCGGUCAUCAGAGGCUUCGAAAAGGAUGUUGGCAAUCGGACCAGCAUGGUGUUAUUCAACCUGAAAGGGCCAGACCGAAUCAGACAGUCCUCUGCUUUCAAAAACAGAUCCCGGGAUGUGUACGAGAGUCGCUUUAGGGACGUGGAAGGCGCCAUUCUGUUUGCAGACAAAAAAGCAGUGAAAAAUAUAAAGACCGCCGUAAACACCUACAAACUCUCAUUUCCGUUGGUAUCUCCCUCCGGGAGAAUCAGGAAUGGAGUGCGUGGGACUGCAUCUGAAAUAGCAAAAAGGAAUAUAACAGGCACCCCUUCCAUUGGUCUGGUAAGUGUGGUAAUGAUGACGGCGAUUUGUGACCACCCCUACAUCUACGGAUUCUACCCUUUCACCUCAGACGCGAACAACAACUCUAUUCUGUACCACUACUUCCCGGGAGACUUUGUUGACCCUCCGCUUGAGCAUAAGUUCGACCCGAAGCAUCGCGUGAAUCAGGAGUACGAGUUUCACAGGGAGCUGCACAGACGGGGGGUUCUAAAGAUGCAGGUCGGUCCUUGUGGAAAACAAUGAUCUGUUCAGAACCAAGGACGUCGCCGUCA